CAAGAUGAAGUUUGAAUGAAGGAUUUUAUAACAAUAUCACAGCUGGUAGAGUGAUGCAAUCUAAUAAGAUUAGCAACUUCAUCACCUGUACAAAACCCUAUGUUUAUAGUUCUCACUUCCUGACAUUCUCAACUGAUCUUUCAUCAACUCUACAACCUCACAUCCUGAAGAAGUGUAUAGCUCUGUUACAAUUCUUUUCAUCUUCCCCACCUAAAUUGAAACAAAUACAUGGAUUCUCAAUCAGAAAUGGUGUUCCUCUCAGUAACCCAGAAUUUGGGAAACAUCUCAUCUUCUCUUACGUUUCACUCACAUUGCCAAUGUCAUAUUCUCACAGAGUUUUCAAUCAAAUCCAAGACCCAAAUAUCUUUACUUUGAAUACAAUGAUCAGAGGUUAUGCUGAGAGUGAAAACCCAACUCCAGCUAUUCAAAUUUACAAGCAAAUGCAUGUUUCUUCCAUUCUUCCGGAUACCCAUACUUAUCCUUUUCUUCUUAAAGCUAUUGCAAAAUCAAUGGCUGUCAAAGAAGGUGAAAUGAUUCAUUCAAUUACUAUAAGAAAUGGGUUUCAUUCAUGUGUGUUUGUUCAGAAUACAUUGCUUCAUAUGUAUGCAGCUUGUGGACUUGCUGAGAGUGCUCAUAAGCUGUUUGAGUUUAUGUCUGAGAGAAAUUUAGUUACUUGGAAUUCUGUUAUUAAUGGGUUUGCUACAAAUGGUAGGCCUAAUGAAGCUCUGACUCUAUAUAGGAAAAUGAGUUUAGAAGGUGUUGAACCAGAUGGGUUUACCAUGGUUAGCUUAUUAACAGCUUGUGCUGAACUUGGAGCUUUGUACCUGGGUAGAAGGGUUCAUGUAUAUAUAUUUAAAGUUGGUUUGCAUUCUAACUUGCAUGCUGGGAAUUCUUUGAUUGAUUUGUAUGCCAAGUGUGGUAGUAUUUGGGAAGCACAUGCCGUGUUUGAUGAAAUGGAGAGGAGAAAUGUAGUUUCUUGGACUUCUUUGAUUGUGGGAUUAGCUGUUAAUGGAUUUGGCGAGAACGCGCUCGAGCUUUUUGGGAAGUUAGAGAGGGAAAGGUUAAUUCCUAGUGAAAUCACUUUUGUUGGAGUUUUAUAUGCUUGUAGUCAUUGUGGGAUGGUUGAUGAGGGUUUUGAGUACUUCAGAAGAAUGAGAGAGGAAUAUGGAAUUCCUCCGAAGAUUGAACAUUAUGGUUGCUUGGUUGAUUUGUUGGGAAGGGCAGGACAAGUACAAAAAGCUCAUAACUUCAUUCUAAGUAUGCCAGUGAAGCCGAAUGCAGUGAUUUGGAGGACAUUAUUGGGUGCUUGCAUGAUUCAUAAGAAUUUAACUCUAGGAGAAGUGGCUCGAGCUGAGCUCUUUACAUUAGAACCUAAACAUUGUGGAGAUUAUGUAAUGAUCUCUAACUUAUAUGCAUCAGAGGGGCGUUGGUCAGAUGUCCACGAUGUAAGGACAACGAUGUUGAGGAAAGGAGUGAAAAAAGCCCCAGGACAUAGCCUUGUUGAGUUGAGGAACUGUGUUCAUGAAUUUUUUAUGGGUGAUAAAUCUCAUCCGCAGACAGAAGAGAUUUAUGAAAAGUUAGAGGAGAUGAUGAUGAAGUUGAGAUUAGAAGGAUAUAGUCCUCGAACUUCAAAUGUGCAUGCAGAUAUUGAAGAGGAAGAGAAGGAAAAGAACUUAAGUUAUCACAGUGAGAAGGUUGCCAUUGCAUUUGCUCUCAUUAACACAAGUCCAGGGACACCAAUAAGGGUGGUGAAGAACUUGAGGGUCUGCGGUGAUUGCCACUUGGCAAUAAAGCUCAUUUCGAAAGUUUAUGGUCGAGAAAUCAUUGUUAGAGAUCGUAGUCGAUUUCACCAUUUUAGGGAUGGCCUUUGUUCUUGCAAGGAUUAUUGGUGAAUUAUCUAUCAAUGCAACUGAGUGUUUCCAAGAAGGGUUUGGAAGCCACAUCUAGGGGUAGUAUAAUUUUUAUCAUGGGAAUGUUGGCCUGCAUACACCCAUCUAUAUAAAUCGCUGACAGGAAAACACAAACAACCAUCUAGCUAAAAGAGUUUCUGAUGGGAAGAAAUCGCUCGUUCUAAUUUUGGCAGUAAAAGAAUGUUGAAUCAGAGGCAGAUCAUAUAGAGGAGAUGGGUAUGAAGUACUUGAAGCGGAAAUCAGGAAGACAUGAAAUCAACUUUUACUUCCUUAACUCUGGCAUAGUGAAUGGGGUAAGAAGUUUACACCUACUGAAGCAAUGCAACAUUAUAAACUUCUAGCAUUUUUGAAGCAAACAUCAACAACUUGGUGUAGUUUCAUUGUUCGCUGCUUUUUUUGGCUGAUAGAUUUCAAGAGCUUUUGUCUAAUAGAGGGUAUAAUCUACAUCAGCAAGGCGAGGAAGGUACCUCUUUUAACCUGUUUAUCCCUUCUUCAUUAAUACCUAAUUGUGUUAUCUAAAACUAGUCUUAAGGCUAUUGACCAAAGAGAGUAAUUGUUCUCUGUCCAUGUUCUUAUCACUUCAAUAAAAGCAUUUUCGCUUACAAGACCAAAAACUUGUAGUUCAGUUGUGAAGUAAACCAAGUCAGUGUCGAUAAAACCCAAGUUUGGCCAUGUUCAAACUAAAUCAUGCGAGUUUGUCGACAUUGACAAAUCUGUGACCAAGCCAGGUCAAGAAUGCAGAAACCAAUCAAUCCCUUUUGCAAAGCAACCAUAGGCGGAAGGAAACAGACAUAUAUGGAUUCAAAUUUACAAAAUAAGAAUUUAUAAAAGAGUACUACCAUUGGGAAGUAUGAUCCCAAACUAAGAAUGGAUAGUUAUUUAUAGUGCACCAAUGCCCUUAAGACCUAAAACAACACCAACACCAAUAAUGUGGCCGAAACUUCCACAGGCCAAAGUAUCAGCUAGAGUGAAACCAGCUGGGUCUCCAGUUUGUAAACCA